UAAACACAGUACCUGUCAUUAGAAAACGGCCGGGAUUAUAAUUCAAGUUGUAGUCAACAAAUGGUCGAGUCAAGAUGGCACCUUCGUAGGUUCUUCGGUUUUUCACCUGCGCAACACUGAACGAUGGCCACGGGGACUUGGAGUUUAUCCCAUGCAGACGACACCCUGGACUGGUCGCCAGUCAAACACUGGGCACAUAUAAAACAGAGUCACUGAGUGGGAACGGAGCCCACGCUGUCAGCCAUCCAGCCGCUUGUCGUUGGUCUUGCGUAGCUGCGGCUGACCCUUGACUCCCUGGAGGAUGGCUGUCUCUGCCCCCCUGACGCCGCUGCCGCUGACCCAGCUGGUGGAGGACGGAAGGAGCAGCGUGCCGAACCAUCUCCUGGAGUCUAAAAUCUAUGUUAGAGAGAAGAGCAAUGGCCUGAUCCAAGUGGAUCCUUCUGAACUCCAUUUCAGCGGCUUCAAGCUAGAGAAGGACUAUGUGAAGAGCGUGAAACUAAUCAACAUCUCAUCAAGAGUUCUAAAUAUUCACAUCAUCCCCACCCAAACCAAGCAUUUCCGAACAAACUAUGCCAAAAAGUGUCGUCUCAUUCCUGGCCUCGCCUACACAGUGAAGGUCAAAUUCUGUCCCCACGAGUGGACCCGUGUCUCUGACUGUAUUCGGGUUCACUGUGAGGAUGAUGAGAACCUUUUAAUUCCAGUUCACGCUUACCCCGCCACCGCUCACGUGCAUAUCCCAACGCGCGUUGACUUACCAGCUGUACCACUCGGACAGAGUGUUAGCUACAUCAUUCCAUUGAGCUGCAGAUCUCCCGCUGAUUUGGAGUUUGAAGUGCACCUUAUUGAGCCACAUGAGGCCUUUUCCAUCCACCCACUCACAGGUGUGAUCCCAGCCAAUGGUCAAUCUAAGAUCACCAUUACCUUCAGACCCUGCCGCUAUGAGACUUGUCAGGUCACCAUUAGGCUGCUUGUCUCACAAUUCAACACAAAAUCCUACCUCUGUACUGUUACCGGAAGCUCCGCCCCUCUCCUUGGUGUCAGGGAGCUUGCUCUUCAGAUCACACCUGCCAAAAGUAAAGUCUCUUUACCAGACAUCCAAGUUCAAAGAGUCAAACUAAAGUCUGCCAAGGAUGUUGUCAAACCCAAGGGUGCAUUAGGAGGUCCAGCUGGGAGCAAGCCAGGACCAAAGUCUUUGGUGGAUGCCUCCACCCACGCUGGGGUGGCAAAGAUGCUGCAGAAGGACAGUAGCAAACUUGGCGCUGAACACCCGAGUGAGGGUCUGCAGAACAAGCAGAAGAAGGAGGCUCUUUUCCUAAAAAAGGUUCAACAAAAUGUUAAAGAAGAGCAAAUCAAUCGCCUGAAAUUACAAGUCCAUCUGGGUAAAGACCCAGUGUCAGAGUCAACCAGGAGCCAGGUACUGGAGGACAGACUGAUUGCAUUACAGCAGUACAAGGUCAGGAAGGGAGAUGUAAGACGUCAGGAAGACUUUACCAGUGGACCACCAAAACUUUACUCAAUACGACUAAUAUCUGACGCAGGGCAGGUCCCCAAAGGAGCCCCAUCCUUCCAGUUUCACCCCAGCUUUCAGUGGGCAUUAAAAGAGAGGGCCCUAAAACUCUUCCAGCAGGCAGCCCGGAAGGUUGUGAUGCAGUGUCGCGUGAAACGGACCUUGGCCUUGUGGAGGAAUCUACCAGACACUGCGGUGGGCUUGCUCUCGGCCAACAAAGUUGAAAAGGAGGAGGCAUGUGUUAUGAAGAUCUCCCCAGACAGGAUAUUUCCAUCUUCCUACCCACUUUUCUCAGAUGAAGCUGAUCCGCUGGCUCUUGACUUUUCUGCAGUGCCUGUGGAUGCUGUUGAUGUGAGGGUGACGACACAUGUUCCUACCUUCAAGCUUCAAGUUCCUCAGUACUAUAAGCUGAUGGGCUACCACCCUGUGUCAGCUUGGGAAGCCUUUAACGCUUUCAUUCCCACUACCUUAGCCCGACCACUUCGCACUGGAGAUCCAGAGGCAGGUUCCCAGUCACCCACACCAGGGGAGGAGGAUGAGCAAGAUGCCAAUGAUCUAAACUUCACUCUCCCUCGCGCUCUACUUCGACCCAUUCAUGCACACCCACUCAGAAUCUUCAACCCUGCUCCUGGCCUCCAGGCCUAUAAGCCAACCCCUAAAUACCUCGAAAGCGAUGUGGACUUUCACCUCUGCCCAUUGCCUCGUUAUUCAACCUCUGAGGGUCAAACUAGUGGGAUGGAGUCACAAACAUUACAAAUGCAGACUCUGGACACAAAGGAAGCGAUCACAGGGUUGAAGACAUGGGACAAUUUUGGCUUGGUAACUGCAACAUGUGUAUCCAGACAGGCUGCUCUGACCAGCAACAUCUUGCAUGGUUCUGCUGACUAUAAUAAAGACAUCCUUCCUGUCACAUCACCUGAUGCUUUCACCCUGCCUCCUGCUUAUCUCUCAGGAUGUACAGACAAAAGGUGCGAAGUGACACUAACCCCAGAGAUGAUAAAACGAGAAUUCCUAUCUCGUUUCCAGUGAGAACCUUCCACAGGCACCAGAGGCAGCAUCUCGUCUGGGUUCAAACAGAUGAGGAAAAAGUGGGAUGAGGAAACUGCAGCUGCUUGGAGACCCAGUGAUCAUCACACGACUGUGACUAGGCCCCCCUCACACACACACACGUGUUGCACACUUUUACAUCAAUAAAAAAAGAUUUUUGU